UUAAACAUUUAUUUCGUUAAAAAAAAUACUUAUAAACAGUACGCAUAAAAAACAAACAAAAAAUUUCCCAACGAUGUAUGUGAAAACAGAACCACCUGUCAAAGAGGUUGAACUCGAGAAGUUGAACACGGCAACUGACAAUAUAAACAAAUUUGAAGUGGAACUCGACAAUAUUUAUGAAAAACUCGCAAAAAACUAUUAUAAUUUAUGCAAAACGUUCAAUAUCAAGCUGAGUAAGGACGCAAAAUCUGAAUUUAAACGUUUGCUCGCUGAAAGUGUGGUACGCAUUAAACAAGCUGCGCAUAAGUUAGGUAACUCCAUAGAAGCAGCGAAACCCUACUAUGAAUCUCGUAUCUAUGCAGCACAACUUUCUAAAGAAACACAGCAGGCAGCAGCUGAUCAUGAGAAGGCUAAGUCGAUGCACUCUGCCGCAAAAGAAAUGGUUUACUUAGCCGAACAGGGACUUGGAGAGAAAUCUACUUUGGAUACAGCAUGUCAAGAGAUGUUAAGUCAUGCAGCAAGUAAAGUGAAUCAAUCGCAGUUGGAAGUCACUGAAACACGAAAUUCAUUAAAAAUGUGUCAACUGAAACUGGACGUAGCUAAUAACCGUGUUGGAAAGUUGCAGGGACAACUAAAACAAGCAAUAAAAGCUUCACGUUCAAAUAUUAGACGUAAUUACCUUUAUUUGUCUCUUUUGGCACAUAGAAACAGUUUAGAUAAAACUAACUUGCCUUAUUACGAGACACGCGCUAAUUUCAAUGGACUGCUGAAGACGCAGAAGGGAAAAAUCAAUGAACUAGAAACAAAAGUUUCGGAAGCUAAAAUGUCGUACAAUGAUGCACUUAAGAAUCUUGAACAGAUCUCAGAGGAUAUACAUCGUCAAAGACAGGAACAAAGAGACUUGCUUAGAUUUGAAACAAUGUCGAGAAGUCCACCAAAUAAACAUAUGAAUGUUGUUGAUUGUGAUGUACAAAAUUAUCAACGUUUUCCUUGCAAAAUUGACUCCACAGACGAAUACCUAGAUUUACCUGAUAAGUUAAGCACAAAUUCCAGUCCUGUACGACAGAAAAGACCCGAUAUACACGAGUGCCCACAUCUGCUACAUGACUUUGAAGCUGUUUUAACAUUCCCGCAAAAAUUAGCCAAUGGUAUGCACAAAUCAGCAAGUACAAGUACUGCCGAUGAUAAUAUAUUUGUGCAGGCGCAACUGCAUGGACCAUAUGAUAUAAAGUCUAGCAAUAGCAUCGGUGGCAGUGGUAGUGGCGGUCAUAGCGCACAUGAUGCCAGCACAAGUACAGGAUGUGGUGACACAGAUGACAAUGACAUCGAACAAUGGACUGAAAUACGUUUAUCGCAUUCCGAUAGCACAAGUUCUAGUUACUCAAAUCAGUCGCUAUUACAUGAUCAAGCAGCGCUGGACGGACGUGAAGAUAUACAAUCUCAACAUUCUUCAUCUUCUUCCGACGAACCUAAACGGAAAGUGACUUGCACGACAAUAUUUCAUGAAGAUCAAGUCAAUAAAAAACAGGGUCUCAGUCAGUGGUUGUCACGUUCAAAUAGUUUUAAGUCUAAUGGUCGACGCCAAAGUCUUGAUCUACUAAUCGAUGCUGGUGAUAAAGUGAAGGAUGUGUUCACGCUAAGUUUUCAGAAGGUUGGUAAAACUUUGGAACGUCGUAAUAGUGAGUCUGAAAUGAAUGCUGACGAGGAGAGUGUUGCAAGUGGCACCACAACAUCAGCUGGUGAUUUUUUCUUAUUUUCAAGGUCCUCUGAGCCCAAAGAGCUGCUCUCUGAUGAGCAAGUGGAGAAUUUAUUAUUGAAUCAUAGAGUGGAUGAAAACGGCGCCAUAAUAGUCGAAGAGCUUAAAUCACCGCUACAGUAACAGCCAAAGCAAAACUAAAGCACUAAGAAAACCAAACUGAACCUUUUUGCCAAGAACUUAAAAAAAACUUAGAAAGGCUUUUAUGCUUAUAACGUAUUUAUUUUUUAUUUAAUUGCUUAGAUGACAAACAUAUCACUUGUUAUAUUUAGUAAAUUUAUUUAUUAGAGUCAAACUUAAAUGGCAAUAAAGUUAUUUUCAAACAUUUAGAACUGGUAUUAAUUAGAUAUUAACAAA